AUGGCCAACGAUUUGUGGUCAUGUUACUGUUGUACCGAAGCCCUGACAUGUUGGCUGCGCUUGAAACUCUCACCUGAGGAGAUAGAACAGCGAUACCGAAGUAAAGAGAUUGACAGAAUAUUGGAGAAGGACAAACAGACUUUACGGCGACAGGUCAAACUUUUGUUACUUGGUGCAGGUGAAAGCGGAAAAUCAACAUUCCUGAAACAGAUGAGGAUAAUACAUCGAGUGAAGUUUGAGCCGGAACUCGUACGCGAGUAUCAACAUGUGAUUUAUCAGAACAUAGUGAAGGGUAUUCAAGUGUUAGUGGACGCGCGUGACAAGCUUGCGAUCCCGUGGGAAAAUCCGAGGAAUCUGGACAUUGGUCAGCAAGCGUUGCACUUCAACAGCAGUUCGUCACUUGACAGCCUGCUGUUCAUGCAUUAUGCGCCACACAUACACUCCUUGUGGUUAGACAGGGCCAUAAAAAGGGCGUAUGACAGACGGAGAGAAUUUCAACUGGUAAGUUGUAAUGUUCGUAAAGUAAACAAUGUUUGA